CGCUCAGUCAGUCUCGGGCUGUCCAGCCAGGGUGUUUGGUGGUGAGGAUUCAGGCUCCGUCCAGACAAGGCAGUGGCCUGAGGCUCAGGGCCCCCCAGCCCCUCCCUCCCAGUCCAUCAGCGUCACUCCCCAGCCCCGAGCUGGACCGCACACCUUGGGACACGGUUUUCCACUUCCUCAGGACGAGCCCCAGACUGGAGGAGAGGUCGGAGGAGGUGGGCGUUGGGCUCUUCACGAGGACCCCGGCGGCGGGCCCGGGGGAGGCGGCCGAAGCGGCGGCGGCCGGGAGCGACAUGGCCGAGGAGCAAGACCUAUCAGAGGUGGAGCUGAGCCCCGUGGGCUCGGAGGAACCUCGCUGCCUGUCCCCAAGCAGCGCGCCGUCGCUGGGACCCGACGGCGGCGGCGGUGGCUCAGGCCUGCGAGCCAGCCCAGGGCCCGGCGAAUUGGGCAAGGUCAAGAAGGAACAGCAGGACGGCGAGGCAGACGAUGACAAGUUCCCGGUGUGCAUCCGCGAAGCGGUCAGCCAGGUGCUCAGCGGCUACGACUGGACGCUGGUGCCCAUGCCCGUGCGGGUCAACGGUGCCAGCAAGAGCAAGCCGCACGUCAAACGGCCCAUGAACGCCUUUAUGGUGUGGGCACAGGCGGCACGCAGAAAGUUAGCCGACCAGUACCCGCACCUCCACAAUGCUGAGCUCAGCAAGACGCUGGGCAAGCUCUGGAGGUUGCUGAACGAGAGUGACAAGCGCCCCUUCAUUGAGGAGGCUGAGCGGCUCCGGAUGCAGCACAAAAAAGACCAUCCGGACUACAAGUACCAACCUCGGCGGCGGAAGAAUGGGAAGGCAGCCCAGGGGGAGGCAGAGUGCCCAGGCGGGGAGACCGACCAAGGAGGGGCUGCUGCUAUCCAGGCUCACUACAAGAGUGCCCACCUGGACCACCGGCACCCAGAAGAAGGCUCCCCCAUGUCAGAUGGGAACCCAGAGCACCCCUCAGGCCAGAGCCAUGGCCCUCCUACCCCUCCAACCACCCCAAAGACAGAGCUGCAGUCCGGCAAGGCAGAUCCCAAAAGGGAUGGGCGCUCCUUGGGGGAGGGCGGGAAGCCCCACAUCGACUUCGGCAAUGUGGACAUCGGGGAGAUCAGCCAUGAGGUAAUGUCCAACAUGGAGACCUUUGAUGUGACUGAGCUGGACCAAUACCUGCCGCCCAAUGGGCACCCAGGCCACGUGGGCAGCUACUCGGCAGCUGGCUACGGGCUGAGCAGUGCCCUGGCUGUGGCCAGUGGACACUCUGCCUGGAUCUCCAAGCCACCAGGUGUGGCUCUGCCCACGGUCUCGCCCCCUGCUGUGGAUGCCAAAGCCCAGGUGAAGACAGAGACCACAGGGCCCCAGGGACCCCCACACUACACCGACCAGCCGUCCACUUCCCAGAUCGCCUACACCUCCCUCAGUCUGCCCCACUACGGCUCCGCCUUCCCCUCCAUCUCACGCCCCCAGUUUGACUACUCUGACCAUCAGCCCUCAGGACCCUAUUAUGGCCACGCAGGCCAGGCCUCUGGCCUCUACUCAGCUUUUUCCUACAUGGGCCCCUCUCAGCGGCCCCUCUACACGGCCAUCUCUGACCCCAGCCCCUCAGGGCCCCAGUCCCACAGUCCCACACACUGGGAACAGCCAGUAUAUACGACUCUAUCCCGACCUUAGAGGGGCCCUGUCACCAUUGGUGCCCACGUGGCCCAGGGCCCCUUCCCCCAGCCUGUGUGCCCUGCUCCUCAUCAGCCUCAUGCCCAGCAGUGGCAGUGGAGGAGGCUGCAGAGGCUGACAGCAGCAGGCAGGCUUCUGCCAGCUCCUGCCCUGAUGACCUCCACCCACCCUGGCUCAGGAGGCCAAGCCCUGACUGAGCUGGCAAAGGAGGAGUUUGGUGGCCAUCCCAGACUGAGGGUGAGGGGCCACCCAUCCCCAGAAAUAACCCUCUAUCCCAGGACCUGAGAAGUCGUUCUCAAGUCCUUCAGGGAGGCAGAAAAGGGUAGGGUGGGAAACCUCACUGCUCCUGUUCUCUCCUGGGAGAGCAAGGGGCUCAAGGGCCUGUGUGCCACUGUGUCACUGUGCCUAAAAGCUAGGCUGCCUAGGGACCUGCUUCAAAGCCUGGAGCUGGCUCUGUCCUGUCACUAAGGACUCACUGAGGACAGCUUUGAACAGCUUUGUGAAGAGCAGGGUGGGACACUCAAUGGACACUCUGAUCCUUUCACCCCCCUCCUCACCUGAAUGGGAACUGGCCGAGGUCCCCAGAUCCAGUUCUGCAUUAGUAACCUCAUCCCUCACCUAACUGAGGAGAGUCCUCAUGUUCUUCCCCACGACCUCCACUCCUCAAGGCCCACCCCAGGUGAGGAGGCAGGGGCUCCAGGAAAGAAUCAGAGGUGUCCAGCCUUCCUCUCGCCUUCUGUCAGCCUCAGUUAGCACUGCACGGGCCCUAGCCCCAGAGCCCAGUACCUGGGUUGCUGGCAGCAGGCUGGACACUAAACCCCUUCCAUGUACAGUCUACCUUUGCCUCGCACCCUUUGCUCCAGCGAUACCUUAAUAAAGUACGUAGCUCUGUCUCCCCAUCUCCUGUCUGCAGCCCAGUCCACACGUAACACAUCGCUGCCCCUUUAUCUCCACAGUCACCAUGUUCCCAUCCCUCUAGCUACUCCAGCCCCAAUUAACUUGCAUUAAGCACUCCAAGUAAUAAAAUCAAAGCUUCUGGUUGCCUGC